GGGAGCCGCACAAGGACAUGGAGAAACAAGGAGGAAAAUUUAUUGAGAGCUCAAUCAAUUGGAAGGUGGGACCCUUGCCAUAGUAUUAUUGUGAGAGAUGCCAAAAUGGCAUUCUCAAUCACACCAACUAAUCCCAUUCGUAUCCAGCAUCAACCAAGUGAGAGAAGCUCAUCAAAAUCUCCAUUUUCAUCCACCAUAUUCGAACCAAAGCUUAAGGAGAAGAAGGAGGGGAAAGAAAAGAGAAAGAAGGAGGAAAACUUGAGGAUUAACAAGGUACUUCAAGGACUUUCACGGAGUUGAAAGGGUCGCCGGAGUGUCGCCGGAGUUCGUUGAAGUUCACCGGAGUUUCACCGGAGCUCAAUAAGAAAGGCUAGAACUUCAUAAGCUUCUUUUGAGGUUAAGGCUAGAGUCCUACUACCUGCACCUUUGCCUAGGGUGACUGAUCAAGGAGGAAGACGUGGUUCGUGCUUCCAUUCAUCUUCAAAACUGAUA